AUGAAUGGCGUGAUUUUGUUCCCAGGGUUCCCAAAUCGUGUGACGGUUAGACUUCAAGAGAAACAAAGUCCUCUUCCUUUUCCCUCAAUGUUGUCGAAUCACACCUCCGACUCGUUCUUUCUACUUUGGUUUCACAAUUCACUCGUAUCUCAAACCUCUUCUCCUCUCUUCAUUAAUGAAAGAUUGAAGAAGGCUUACCAACCGGAGAAGGCACCCGGUGUCUCUUCGAGGGUGAUGCCGACAACGAAAAAUCUGAAGAAGUUUCAGGAGUGUGAUUUGAGUUUACAGAGAGAUGAUUUGAUGAAGAUGAAGCAGGGUUUCAGAACUGGAGGCAUUUCGGAUAAUGCUCCUAACAGUACAGGCAUAGUAAUAAGUUUAAUCCAUGGUUUAUCAGGGAAGGCUUUGUGUGCUAGCCAAACAACUAAAGGAGCAAUAGCACCAGCCAAGAAAAACCAGUUGAUGGCCGAGUAG